CUCCGCCUGGAUUCUACCGGAGCCGGCAUGGGCCCUUCCUCGCACCAGCAGCAGGAGUCCCCGCUCCCGACCAUAACGCAUUGCGCAGGGUGCACCACCGCCUGGUCUCCCUGCAGCUUUAACAGCCCUGACAUGGAAACCCCAUUGCAGUUCCAGCGCGGCUUCUUCUCAGAGCAGCCGCCGCCGCCGCCGCGCUCCUCACACCUGCAUUGCCAGCAGCAGCAACAGAGCCAGGACAAGCCGUGCCCGCCCUUCGCGUCCCUCCCGCACCCUCAGCACCACCCGCACCUCGCGCACCAGCAGCCGGGCAGCGGCGGCAGCAGCCCAUGCCUCCGGUGCAACAGCUGCGCCUCCUCCGGUGCCCCGGCGGCGGGGGCGGGGGCGGGGGAUAACCUGUCCCUGCUGCUCCGCACCUCCUCGCCCGGCGGCGCCUUCCGGACCCGCACCUCCUCGCCGCUGUCGGGCUCGUCGUGCUGCUGCUGCUGCUCGUCGCGCCGGGGCAGCCAGCUCAAUGUGAGCGAGCUGACGCCGUCCAGCCAUGCCAGUGCGCUCCGGCAGCAGUACACGCAGCAGCCGGCGUCCGCCUCCCAGUACCACCAGUGCCACAGCCUGCAGCCCGCCGCCAGCCCUACGGGCAGCCUCGGCAGCCUGGGCUCCGGGCCCCCGCUCUCGCACCACCACCACCACCCGCACCCGGCGCACCACCAGCACCACCAGCCCCAGGCGCGCCGCGAGAGCAACCCCUUCACCGAAAUAGCCAUGAGCAGCUGCAGGUACAACGGGGGCGUCAUGCGGCCGCUCAGCAACUUGAGCGCGUCCCGCCGGAACCUGCACGAAAUGGACUCGGAGGCGCAGCCCUUACAGCCCCCCGCGCCCGUCGGAGGAGGUGGCUGCGCGUCCUCCCCGUCUGCAGCCGCCGCCGCCGCCGCCGCCGCCGCUUCGUCCUCAGCCCCGGAGAUUGUGGUGUCUAAGCCGGAGCACAACAACUCCAAUAACCUGGCGCUCUACGGAGCCGGUGGCAGCGGCAGCGCUGGAGGCGGCGGUGGCGGUGGCGGCGGCGGCAGCGGGCAUGGCAGCAGCAGUGGCACCAAAUCCAGCAAAAAGAAGAACCAGAAUAUCGGCUACAAGCUGGGCCACCGGCGCGCCCUGUUCGAGAAGCGCAAGCGGCUCAGCGACUACGCGCUCAUCUUCGGCAUGUUCGGCAUCGUGGUCAUGGUCAUCGAGACCGAGCUGUCGUGGGGCGCCUACGACAAGGCGUCACUGUAUUCCUUAGCUCUGAAAUGCCUUAUCAGUCUCUCCACAAUCAUCCUGCUUGGGCUGAUCAUCGUGUACCACGCCAGGGAAAUACAGUUGUUCAUGGUGGACAAUGGAGCAGAUGACUGGAGAAUAGCCAUGACUUAUGAGCGUAUUUUCUUCAUCUGCUUGGAAAUACUGGUGUGUGCUAUUCAUCCCAUACCUGGGAAUUAUACGUUCACAUGGACGGCCCGGCUUGCCUUCUCCUAUGCCCCAUCCACAACCACCGCUGAUGUGGACAUUAUUUUAUCUAUACCAAUGUUCUUAAGACUCUAUCUGAUUGCCAGAGUCAUGCUUUUACAUAGCAAACUUUUCACUGAUGCCUCCUCUAGAAGCAUUGGAGCACUUAAUAAGAUAAACUUCAAUACACGUUUUGUUAUGAAGACUUUAAUGACUAUAUGUCCAGGAACUGUACUCUUGGUUUUUAGUAUCUCCUUAUGGAUAAUUGCCGCAUGGACUGUCCGAGCUUGUGAAAGUAAACCUCCCAGCUUCCGCCAGGGUGGCGAAAAGGCACUACCAGUUGCACAGACUGGAGAAGGGAAUGUGAAAAACGCAGCUGCCAAUGUACUCAGGGAAACAUGGCUAAUUUACAAAAAUACAAAGCUAGUAAAAAAGAUAGAUCAUGCAAAAGUAAGAAAACAUCAACGAAAAUUCUUGCAAGCUAUUCAUCAAUUAAGAAGUGUAAAAAUGGAGCAGAGGAAACUGAAUGACCAAGCCAACACCUUGGUGGACCUAGCAAAGACCCAGAACAUCAUGUAUGACAUGAUUUCCGACCUAAAUGAGCGGAGCGAAGACUUUGAGAAGAGGAUUGUUACCGUGGAAACGAAACUGGAGACUUUGAUUGGCAGCAUCCACGCCCUCCCUGGGCUCAUCAGCCAGACCAUCAGGCAGCAGCAGAGAGAUGUCCUGGAGGCUCAGAUGGAGAACUACGACAAGCAUGUCACCUACAACGCCGAGCGGUCCCGAUCCUCGUCCAGGAGACGGCGGUCCUCCUCCACAGCGCCACCAACUUCAUCAGAGAGUAGCUAGAAGAGAAUCAGUUAACCACAAACUAAGACUUUUUGCCAUCAUAUGGUCAAUAUUUUAGCUUUUAUUGUAAAGCCCCUAUGGUUCUAAUCAGCGUUAUCCGGGUUCUGAUGUCAGAAUCCUGGGAACCUGACACUAAGUUUUAGGCCAAAAUGAGUGAAAACUCUUUUUUCUUUUCCUUUCAGAUGCACAAGGAAUGCACCUAUUAUCGCUCUAUAGAUUGUUCCUCCUGUAAUUUCACUAACUUUUUAUUCAUGCACUUCAAACUU